AUGGACGAAGAUCGCCAGAACCGUUCCAAAAAACUCAAGUAUUUGUUCGAUCCCCGCCAGGAUGUGUUGAGAUUCGGCCAGCCCAAGAAACAGGUCUUUUGUCCGCUGUGUCCGCUGGACAUUACGGGACUUAGCAUUUCCGAGCGCAACGCCCAUGCUGAGAAAUGUCUGGGCGUUGAGUGUCUCGAUGAUGAUGGCGUCACAUGUGCUACACCCACCAAAGGCGACCUGACGUUUGAUACAAGCACAAUUACACCCGCAACAGUCAAGAUGGAGGAGAUGCAGGCAGUGGGAACGCCAAUUUUUCUCGCAGACGAAUUUCUUCAUCUGUUGAAGGGAGGAGUGAAGAGCAAAGUCAAGGAGGAGAUCAAAGACGAGGUGUACUUUAGUGCUGAUGAAACCAUGGAUACGACUGUGGUGGAGACACAGUCACUGACACGGGCCGUGGAAACACCAACUAAGAAACCGAGACGAGCACCGCAACGAAAAGCCAAGGCCAAAGAACCCACUUCAACCCAGUCCAUGAUGGUGUGUAACAGUCAGGGAGAAAUGACUUCUGCUGUUGUAGAGCCUGUCAAGAAACAGAAGCGAGCCAAAAAGCCGGCACCGUCGUUCAAGAUUAUCAAGAUGGGAGAAACGAACGUGGCGGUGGACUCGUUUAUGCAUGGACCUCUCGAAGGGAUCAAUCUUUAUUUCCUGUCACAUUUUCAUGCGGAUCAUUAUGGAGGACUACGAAAGAGCUGGAAUCACGGCCCUAUCUUUUGCACACCCAUUACUGCAGCUCUUUGUAAGAUGAAACUGGGAGUCCAAGAUGAGUGGCUGGUUCCGAUCCCCAUCCAUAUUCCGUUCUGUGUCGGUAACGACGUGGAGGUCAUCUUCUUUGACGCCAACCACUGCCCCGGAGCAGCUGUCAUGCUGUUCACCAGUCCGACAAAGACAGCUGUUCAUUGUGGAGACUUUCGGGCCAACAUGAACCUGGUGCGUGAAAUCAAACUGAAACUCAAGCAGCGAGAGCUCGACGAGGUGUACCUCGACACCACGUAUCUAGGACCCAGCCAUGCCUUCCCCAGUCAAAACCGAGUGGUUCAGGUGUGCGCAGACUUUUGUGUGCGACUAAACAACUUGAAAAUGGAGCAACUGGAGAAAGCUCAACGGCAGUCGACAAUCGGAAGAUUCUUCACGAGCUCACCCAACUCUCCAGUACAUCAACUUCGCACAUUGUUUGUGGUUGGAACAUAUACCAUUGGAAAAGAGAGGCUGGCAAUUGAGAUUGCCCUUCGUCUGGGUUCCAAGCUCUUUGCCGACACAACCAAACGCCGCAUUCUCAAAACAUUCAACGACCCCGUCAUCUCUGAAUUACUAACAUCCGACCCUCUAGAAGCCCAGGUUCACCUCGUACCUCUUGGCCAGACCCGCAAGGACCAGCUGUUUGAGCAUCUCAAGAGCUUCAAGCCGCAUUUCUCCAAAAUUGUCGCAUUUGCUCCCACAGGAUGGAGUUACCGACCACCCAAAAGUGCUAUUCAAGCCAACGAGCAAGCCACAGACCUGCGACCAAGUUACUAUGACUUUGGAGACCUCGAGUACAAUGUGGAGAAUCUAGAUCGGAAUCUGGAACGGUCUGCCAUCGAGCCUGUUCAAAAGUACAACGUCCCGUACUCUGAGCAUUCGUCUUUUGUCGAGCUACGAGCCUUCUGCUUGAACAUGGCUGCCACCACCAUCAUUCCCACCGUGAACAUGUCUGCUGACGAGAGUGUCCGCAGGCAGAUGUACUGGCUGGAGAUGUGGACCGGACAAGCGAGGGAAGGAGUCUGA